AUGUCGCAUACAUGGAAGGAUAUAAUAUCAGUGGCUGGAGCCAACACUGCCUUGCUUGAUUUCUUCUUGCAAAAUUUCAGGCUAGUUGUCGGAAAUGGUAGAAGACUGCAAUUCUGGAAUGAUAAGUGGUGCCUCAACCAAAAUCUGAGUGUGCUUUUCCCCAGAUUAUUCACAUUAUCAGUUGAAAAAGAUGGGAAGUUGGCUGAUUUCUUCAACAGAAAGGUGUCAGCUUCAGAUUGGAAUCUGGUCUUCAGACGUCCCCUCCUAGCAUGGAAAGAGGAGGAAGUGCAAAAACUUAAUGAUUUUCUGCGGAAUGCGCCUAGCCUCCAAGAAGGGGUGGUAGACUCUUGUUCAUGGUUAGCUCACCCGUCAGAAGAGUUCACUGUUGCAUCAUUUUGGAUGUGGGUGGAAGCAAGGCAAGGGGUAGAUUUGACAGUCACUAGGUGCAUUUGGAAUAAUCUAGCCCCUCCCAAAGUCCAAUUCUUGAGUUGGUUAGCGUGGAAAGGAAGGAUAAAAUGCUCUGAAUUUUUGCAACGUAUUGGAGUGUUGAGUCUAAGUACCUCUGCGCUCUGUGUGUUCUGCAGAGCUGAGUUGGAGACUGUUAACCAUGUUUUUCUCCACUGCCCUUUUAUCUGGAAAUUGUGGGCCAAUUUAGUGAACUGGUGGAAUUACAAAUGGGUUAGUCCUGGAACAGUAGAGGGACUUCUUUUGUCGUGGGCAGGUAUAAGAAUGAAGAAGAAGAUGCUAGCUGUCUGGAAAAUAAUUCCGGUAGCAGUUUUGUGGUCAGUGUGGAGAAGUAUAAAUGACUGUUUAUUUAACAAGGUACAGCUGGAGUGGAAUGCUCUGGAAGAGCUAAUAAAGGCUAGAGUAGCUUUGUGGGUAGCCACAUCUUUAAAGGGUUUUAAUUAUUCGGUGCACGAUGUCAUUUAUAACCUGAAGCAAAUCUGCCUUUGUGUGUAG